GGGACCGUACUUUGCUCCCAAAGGCCGAGUCAAUACAUUCACCGCCACUGUUUGAUGUUUUUAGUAGCGCUGAACAACGAACGAAAAUGGCACUGAAGGGAAUAUUGGCUUGGCUCUGCUUGGUUGCGGCAGUGUUCCCCUGUUCACAUCAAGAUGACGUUCAAACAAAGAACUGCAGCUCCCAUUUGCUGGAGGAGCUAUCAGAUGAUCUCAAGAUGGCAGCAGCGUGCAACACAAUGUCCAGGUGGACCCCACAGCAGAGGGCGACCCUGCUGCUCUACAUGCGGAAUCUGACUGAGAUGCUACACACGCAACAUCUGAGAGAGUGCCAAGGAGGCGAGCCCGUGAACUGCCCGCAACCCGAAGUUCCCAAAAACGGAGGCUUGGUGUGCACCACCGUGGCAAACAGGCGCUUCUGCAAAGCUCUGUGCAACCAUGGUUACGACUUUGCCUUCCUGAGAAAAAGCAGAGUGUUUGACGAGUGCAGCGCAGCGACGGGUUACAAGUGGAGAAGUCAGUAUGUUGGAGGAAAUACGCUGGCGGUGUGCAAUGCAACUCUACAAGUGGCGGGGGCCAAGUCGGCGUACUUCCCCGAGGAUGAGGACUGCCUGACCACCAAGGGUCAAGAAAAAAAGAACGACAUCGUUUUACAAUUUGAAAAGGAGCUCAAGAACCACGACGGUGUCGACGGAGCUGUAGAGUCCCCCUGCCUGCUGUGUGGAUGAACAUGAAAACGAUCGGAGCGUCCGCAAAGUAUACAGUGCUUCACUUGGUGUUUGUCUUAUCCUUUGAUCUAUUUGUUUCAAACACCCCUUUUUGUGACAAUGUGGAAAAUGAGUGGCCACAACUACUUUCCAAAUGCACUUUGAAAAUAAAAGUUCA